AUGGAGACUGUGGAACUGGAAACCACCCCUACUCCUAAUCUUCCGCCUACAGAAGAAGAGAAAACAGCUAAUCAGGAGGUUGCUAACCCAAAACACUAUAUUAAACAUCCUUUACAGAACAGAUGGGCACUCUGGUUUUUCAAAAAUGAUAAAAGCAAAACUUGGCAAGCAAACCUUCAGCUGAUCUCUAAGGUCGAUACUGUUGAAGACUUUUGGGCUCUGUACAACCAUAUCCAGUUGUCUAGUAAUUUAAUGCCUGGCUGUGACUACUCACUUUUUAAGGAUGGUAUUGAGCCCAUGUGGGAAGAUGAGAAAAACCACCGAGGAGGACAAUGGCUAAUUACAUUGAACAAAAGGCAGAGACGAAGUUACUUGGAUCGCUUUUGGCUAGAGACACUGCUGUGCCUUAUUGGAGAAUCUUUUGAUGACUACAGUGAUGAUGUAUGUGGAGCUGUUGCUAGUGUUAGAGCUAAAGGUGAUAAGAUAGCAAUAUGGACUACUGACUGUGAAAACAGAGACGCUGUUACAUACAUAGGGAGGGUAUACAAGAAAAGGUUAGGACUUCCUCCAAAGAUAGUGAUUGGUUAUCGGUCCCAUGCAGACACAGCUAGUAAGAGGGGCUCUACCACUAAAAAUAGGUUUGUUGUAUAAGAAGACACCUUCUGAGUAUUCCUAUAGGAGACUGCGCCAAGCAAUCGAGAUUUGG